UUUUCAGUCAAAUGGCUUCAAAGGAUGUGAUAUUUCAUUGCUGUAGAAUUUACAUUUUUUGGGUGAAUUGUUGUGUUUUUUUUAAACCUGGACAAAAAAAUGCCUUUUUUUCAGUUCUUAGUUUAGUUUUUCUCUUCGUAACGUAUUUAUAUCUGUUUAAGUGUUCUAUUACACGUCACCUUCUUAAGACAGCACCAAGCCCUGCAUCUUUAUUGUGUCUUUGAAUGUGAGCCUCUGAAUGAUCCACUUCUGACACAAUUCCACUCCUUUUUCUGUCUGAGCAACUGAAUUAUGUGUUUUUUCUAUUGGUGAAAGAGAAAAACUAAACAUUUUGAAUAUUUCCUUCCACUGUUACACACAUCCAGGCUCCUGUUGACGGCUUUGGUACAGUUGUAUGUUUGCAACCGCAGGCACCGAGGAUGAAUUUGCAUUCGUGCCUCUCAGAGAGGAACACACUACAUGUUGUUGUCUGAUGUCCCAGGCUGAUUUGACUGGGAAAUGGGAUGCGUAAAAAGAUGCGCUUCAAAAAAUGUGACGUUCAAAAGUUGCACAUAUAUUUUAUUUCAUCUUCCAUACAGACUAUCAGACCACACAAAACCCUAGUUUUGUUUGAAAAGCAGACUCCUGUUUGCGACUGGAAUAAAAAAGGUUGAUGUCGAGUUCUGAGAAAACCUUUCAUCACAUUCAUGUUUGUCAGAAAUCCUGUCUCGUGUCAUAUUCUGAGCUCAUUUAUGGUACAUGGGAGGAGAUGUGGGACCUACGGCCCACUGGGCCUGGACCCUCCCUCCACCGCCUAAUUGCACGCUCUGUGCUGUUUGUGCAAGAGAAGUGGGCAGAAGUGAGAAGUGUGCAUCAGUGGAACAAGCGGCGCUUUGAGCAAGAAGGGGAAACGUUUGUGUCGCAGGUGGAACUCGUUGCUUUCCUGCAGCGUUUUUUGGAAUCGUGGGACCUUUUCGCCGUCCGUUCGUCCAUCAUGCCGUCGUACACGGUGACCAUCGCCACGGGGAACCAGUGGUUCGCAGGGACGGAUGACUACAUCUACGUCACACUGGUGGGCACGGAGCAGUGCAGCGAGAAGACGCUGCUGGACAAACCGCUGUACAAUGACUUUGAAAGGGGGGCGGUGGACUCCUACGAUGUGAAGGUCGAUGAGGACCUGGGCGAUAUUGUGCUGGUGAAGAUUGAGAAGAGGAAGUACUGGGUGCUGGACGACUGGUACUGCAGGUACAUCACGGUCAAGACCCCAUCCGGCGACUACGUGGAGUUCCCCUGCUUUCGCUGGCUGGUGGACGACAAGGAAGUGGUGCUACGUGACGGACGAGCACAUCUGCCUCAGGAUGAUCACAGCAGCCUGCUCAAGCAGCACAGGCAAAAGGAGCUGGAUUCGAGGAGGAAGACCUACAGGUGGAAGGAAUGGCAGCCAGGCUUUCCCAUGAGCAUAGACGCAAAGAGACACAAGGAUUUGCCGCGGGACAUUCAGUUCGACAGCGAGAAGGGAGUGGACUUUGUGCUGAACUACAGUAAGGCAAUAGAAAACCUGUUUGUGAACCAGUUCAUGCACAUGUUCCAGUCCUCCUGGAGUGACUUCAGUGACUUUGACAGAAUUUUUCUGAGAAUCAAAAACACAAUUUCAGAAUAUGUGAUUCAGCACUGGAAGGAGGACUUCAUGUUUGGAUACCAGUUUCUCAACGGGUGCAACCCUGUGUUAAUAAGAAAAUGCACUAAGCUGCCUGAUAAAUUCCCAGUGACAAAUGAGAUGGUUUCUGUGAGCCUGGAGAGAAACCUGACCCUGGAGCAGGAAGUGGAGGCAGGUAACAUUUACAUAGUGGACUAUGAGAUAUUGGAGGGCAUCAGCGCUAACAGCACAGACCCUUGCACCGUGCAGUACCUGACGGCGCCCAUCUGUCUGCUGUACAAGAACGUCCAGAACAAGGUCCUGCCCAUCGCAAUCCAGCUUGGCCAGACCCCCGGUGAGGAAAACCCCAUCUUCCUGCCCACCGACGACCACUACGACUGGCUGCUGGCUAAGAUCUGGGUGCGCUCGGCCGACUUCCAGCACCACCAGACGGUCACGCACCUGCUCAGGACUCACCUCAUGACGGAGGUGUUCGCCAUCGCCAUGUUCAGGCAGCUCCCCGCUGUUCAUCCCGUGUACAAGCUCCUCAUCCCGCACAUCCGUUUCACCAUAGCCAUCAACACCAAGGCGCGGGAGCAGCUCAUCUGUGAGAGCGGCAUCUUCGACAAGGCGAAUGCAACAGGUGGAGGGGGUCACGUCCAGAUGGUCCAAAAGGCUAUGAAGUCCCUGACGUACCGCUCUUUGUGCUUCCCCGACAUGAUCAAAGCCCGGAUUAUGGACAACGAGGAGGAGCUGCCCACGUAUUUCUACAGGGACGACGGCAACAGAGUGUGGGACGCUACCAAGAGCUUCGUUUCCGACGUGAUGCGAAUCUACUACGCCAGCGACGAGCGGCUGCAGGCAGACGAGGAGGUUCAGGCCUUCGUCAAAGACGUGUGCAGCUUCGGGAUGCAGGACUUUGAUCGCUGCGAGUUCCCUAAAUCUCUGAAGUCACGCGAGGAGCUGAUCGAGUACCUGACCGUGGUCGUGUUCACGGCUUCGGCCCAACACGCAGCCGUCAACUUCGGACAGUACGACUGGUGUUCCUGGAUCCCCAACGCCCCGUCCACCAUGCGGAAGCCGCCGCCCAAGAAGAAGGGCGUGUCCAACGUGAACACCAUCAUCGAGAGCCUGCCGGACCGCGGGCGCUCCAGCUGGCACCUCGGCGCCGUCUGGGCCCUCAGCCAGUAUCAGGAAAAUGAGCUGUUCCUGGGCACGUACCCCGAUGAGCACUUCAUAGAGAAGCCGGUGAAGGUGGCCAUGGAGAAGUUCAGGAGGCAGCUGGCCGACAUCACCAGCACCAUCAAGAGGAGGAACGAGGGGAAGAAGCUGCCGUACUACAACAUGUCCCCCGACAAAAUCCCAAACAGCGUCGCGGUUUGAGGAGCGGGUUCGUGUCGAGCAGCGGCGCGAGGCUGCGCCGAUGUGACUGACGUGUCCACAUACGCAGUGGGAAACGUCUGUAUUUACGCUGCCAGAUCCAGAGUAGGUCCAUGAAUAAUGAAUGAAGCUAGGUUUUAGUAUUUGUCCUCUGUUCACCACCACAUUACAUUCAAAAUGAGACACUCUAGAUGUGAACCAAGUUCAUCUCUCAGACGUUCAGCUUCACUUUUGACAGAAGUGAGGCAUUAGGCAUUUAACGCCCUGACUGACAGCUAGUUGCAGUUUGGUCCCUCUUUACUCUAUGGCUAAAAGCUGAUGGCUAAACGGCUGAUUAAACACCCUGGAGUGUUACAUGUGCAGUUUGUACCUGUUUAUCAGAGUAAUAAGGUCCAGAGUGAAAUUAAAAAUUAAAAAAUCAAUCCAUCAAAGAGAUGGAGGGUGGUUCUGGUUUACAACAGUGAACCCUGGUUGGUUUUUCCACUUACAUGUAUGACAGCACCAGGUCCCACAGAGAAGCACACACGCAGCUGCAGGAAAGAACUGGAAAAGCAUCUGAGGCGCAAACGCCACGGUUUCAUCAUUUCCAUGACUUCCAGACCUCGGGCAGUCAACGAUUUUGGCAAAGUAUUAAAGGCGAUACUUAUUUCUGUAUUCAUGAGCCCUGCAAAAUGUGUGUGCAUGUGAACAUGACUGUAAAAUGAUCAGAUAAUUGCCCCACUUUUAUCAAAGCCGCUGAAUUCAAGCUGGAGGUCUUGACUGUGCAUUUUAAGUUUUUAUGGUACAGACCAACACUUCAGAUAUAUUUCCAGCUUAAAGUUUACAUUACAUUUUAUAAACAUUUUUACAUUUUAUUUUUUUUUACUUAUUUGGGCAAAACAUAGCUAAAAUAUUUGUGUUUUACUUCAAGUGUGAAUUAAAAAGUUUAUGUUUAAA